GGAACACAUUUAUUGCGGACCGAUCGGGUACCACCAACAAAUUAGUUCCGGGUGGCUAACGUUAGCUGAAAUUGAAUCUCCGUAGCACAGUUGUCCACACGGCGGAUUAACAGAAAUCCCGGAACAAGAUGGAUGGAGAGGAGAGAGCUUUUGGUGGCUGUGAAGGGCCAGAUGCCAUGUAUGUGAAGCUCAUCUCCUCAGACGGCCAUGAAUUCAUUGUGAAAAGAGAACAUGCCUUAACAUCGGGAACCAUCAAAGCCAUGUUAAGUGGGCCAGGACAGUUUGCAGAGAAUGAAACCAACGAGGUGAACUUCAGGGAGAUCCCGUCCCACGUCCUGUCCAAGGUCUGCAUGUAUUUCACCUACAAGGUCCGUUAUACCAACAGUUCCACAGAAAUACCAGAGUUUCCCAUCGCUCCCGAGAUUGCUCUGGAACUGCUCAUGGCUGCAAAUUUUUUGGAUUGUUAAAGUUACAACAUAGAUGUGAAAACCUGAAACAUUUUCUUUUGAGGUUUUUUUUUCCAGUAUUUAAUUGUUUUGCGAUUUAUUUCACAUUAUACUUCUUUUUUGCGCCUUGUCUGUUGUCAUGGUUUCCCUUGUAUUACUAAAAAAUGUCAUUGUAAAAUGGAAGCCAAGCGGACAUUCCACAGAAAUGUCCUCACCUCUACACAGUAAAUAAAUGCCUGUUCGGUGAGCAGUUUUUCCUCUGGUGUCUGCUUCUCUGCAUGAAACACAAACAUAAAUGUCAUUUUUACAGUAAA